CAGUGGUCUCCUAUUACACUUUUCAUGCUGAUUAAACUAUACUUAGAAUAAAAAAUCAGAAAAAAAAGAAUAUACCCUCAUUAUCAAUACUCAUGACAGUGUCGAAACCGAAGGCACCGCUCUCGGUCGAGUCCUGUUGUACAUGUGCGACACUCCUCUGCGAUGUUCCUCGCUAUAGUGAAUCAGAAAAGCCACCUCUAGAUCGCCAGCUAGAAUGUUGUCGGCGGAUAAUAUGUGGUAAUUGUUGCAAUACGAAUCCUCGUUUCAAUACCUACUGUCCCUACUGCCAGAUAUCGACGACAGAUACCACGCUCCCACCAGGUCUACGAGAUCCUCCCUCCUACGAAUCUUCGGUCGCAACCGGCUCCUCCAGAGCCUUAUCAGCAGCGCCGCCGCCGUACACACCCUCCACAACCAUAAAAGCCCCCGACCCGCUGGACGAAAAAUCCGUCCCUCUAGAUUCGCCUGAGCCAGCGGAAGAUACACUACACUUCCUCGAUCACGCGCACGACACGAUACCCUCCUUAUCGCUUCGCUACGGCGUUCCUGCAUCCGCGCUUAGACGCGCAAAUAAUAUCACAAGUGACCACUUGAUUUUAGGACGGCGGACCGUCAUAAUACCAGGAGAAUACUACAAGGGAGGUGUAAGUCUCUCGCCGCGACCAAUCGAGGGCGAAGAGGAAGAAGCGCGUAAAUCCAAGAUCCGGCGGUGGCAAGUAGCAUGCAAGGUUCACGAAUAUGACGUCGCAGUUUUAUACCUAGAACAGGCUGGAUAUGACCUCCAAUUAGCGACGGAGGCCUUCUUCGCAGACGAAGAGUGGGAGCGCGCCCACCCAGUCGAGGCGGCAAGAAGAGGUAAAGGGGUUGCGGGGCGUGCAAAUAAUAAUGCGUAUUGGAGGGGACGGAGGUGACAGGAAUGUGUAUGAAUCUGGGUACUGGGUAAGGCCCGGGGUUCCUGGCGUCACUGGAUUGUAAAGACACCUGGAUAGGCAGUCAUGACAUGUACACAAUUUCGCAUCUGAGAUGUACUUUUAGAACGACUGAUAAUUGCAUUGGGUAUCCACAC